AUGUCGAGCCUCGCAGCAACGGUAGACAAGAUCAAGGGGGACGUCACGGACGCCGGCAAGCGCGUGGCGGCCGUGCUCCCGCUGUGGGUGAUCAUCGUCAUCGUCGUGGUGGGGACGGGCCUCCUCGCGCUCCUGGUCGGGCUGUGCUGCCUGUGCGCGUGCCGCCGGCGCCGCGGGGCGAAGGCGGGCGGGAAGGCCGGUGACGCGCAUGGCUUCUCGGACCAUCACCACCACCACCACCUCCCCGCCUCGAUGUCGCUGUCCGAUGGCGGCAGCCGCAGCAGCGAGGAGGGCCCCGGCGGGCGGGCGAAGCUGCGCAAGCGGCCGCCCUCUUCCUCCUCCUCGGGGAACGAGACCGACGUUGCUCCUGUCGAUGAUAGGGGCGUAGACGUCGAGGGGGUCGAGGAAGGGCGAGCGAGGGGCGAGCCUGAGUUCCGGAACAUGGCUCCCGCGCGCAAGACGAGCUUGCUGGCUAUACCGCCGCUGAUGACUGGUGCGUUGAGAGCGAGUUUCAGAUCGGUCAGUGGGGCGCGAGGGACAGGAGGGGGAGGAGGGCUGAAUAUCAGAAACGACGACGACGACAAAGGCAUGGAAAACGGGAGCAACUGGCACGGGCGGCGGACAUCCAACGCCUGGAUCGACGACGACGCAUUGCAUGGGCCGGAGGUGAGCCCAACCAAGCGGUCGACGCGGAGGAAGAGCAAGAUGAAGUCGUGGGGCACGGCGAUCCGCGAGAGCUGGCCGCUCAAGACGCCGAGCCCCACGCUGCCGCACCUCCCGCAGUUUGGCGGGCUCGACGGGAGGCAGGUCGGCGCCGCCGAGCACGAGAGCGUCGCCCUGUUCCCGUACAACAACCACGAAGUGGCUAGUAACGACCGCCUUGUGCCCAACCUCCCGCCGCCGCCGGGCGCCGUCAACAGGCAGAGCGCGGCCCAGCUCUCGCCGCCCAGGCAGCUUCCCAAACCGCCGAGGCAGGCGCUGCUGGCUGCCAAUGCUAACACCGCGAGUCUCAGACCGGUGAGCAACUGGCACGGCGCGGGAUCGAUUGGGAGUAAUUCUCCUCGGAACAGGGGGUUGAGCUACUAUAAGUAUGAGGACACAGAACAGCCGGUGAAGAAAUCUGGCUCGCUGCGCUCAAAUACGGAAAGAGGUGUGGGCGUGGGCACGGGGGUGAUGGGACCGAGGGGAAGGAUGCCGUCGUCGGACUCGACGAUGUCGCAGAUCCUGAAGGACACGGAGAAGCGGCUGCAGGAUGGCAUGGUGACGGGCGUGGCGAUGCGGAACAGAUCGAGUAGCAGCCCGCCGAAACGUCCGCCUGGGAUUGGGCCGGACGGGAUGACCAUAGCUCUGGUCAGGUCCCAAUCACGUACACCCAGCCCUACGAAGGCAUCCAGGGCGCUGCCCGGCGGUGGGUCGUCGCAUGUCCGCCAGACCUCGCAAGCAUCGAUCAUCUCCGAGCCGGACAGCCUUUUCGACGACCCGUCUCCCAGCCUGCCGUAUCAUGGCUUGACGAGCCCGAGCCGGACAAAAAGCUCGCAGCAGAUGUCGCCGCACAGGAGAAGGCCGUCGCUUGUCCAGUCGUUCACGAGCAGCGUCUCGUCGCUCUCGACCAUACAUAGCGAAACGGAGGAUGGGCCUUUGACGCCUAACAGCACAGCUCCCAACAGCAGCAUCCCCUUCGGCAUGAACCAGAUUGCUGACUUGGGCGACCCUUUCAUGCCAUCCAGCAACUCGACACCAGCCGGUCGAACUAGGACAGCACCGAAUACAGCCAACCGCGGAGCUCAAGAAGCUGCGAGUCGACCGCCCAGACGCGAGCAGAGCUCGCAUACCAAGUCAGACAGCCCAUUGUCCCCAGUCACUGGGAACAUACGAUCGCCCGACACCACGCCGACCCGAAGGGGUGCCCGCAAUGCGACGGCCCAGGGCGCAAACAAGGCUCCAACACCACAGUCCCAGCACAAUCGAUCAUCUGGUAUCCUACUACCCGCGCCAACACUGGGAAGCAAGCCGUCCGACAGCUUCCCCAAGAGAAUGCCGUCCAACAGCAGCCGCCCCACAGGCAUCGAGAUACCGAGCCUGUCCCUAACGAGCCCCGGCGACAAAAGCGCAGCAGUCAGCCCGCUCGUCAAGCGUAUGAGCGACUUUGCGCCUCCCUUCCGUAGUAGAGAGCAGACGCCCGAGGUGGCGCACCCGAGCCCUGCACUGUCGAACGCAAGGCUGUCGAGCGUCUACGACUUCUACGCCGACAUACCCGAGUCAUCCAACAGCAACAAUUACAGCCAUCGGCGGGCAGGCGGCGAGGUGAGGGUGAUAUCGGAGGCGUCGGUGGCAUCGUCGCUGUCGCAGUACUCGGAGGCGAGCGCGGUGGAGCGCGAGCAGCAGAUGGCGGCGCUGAGCCGCAUCAGCAUGCUGCUGAACCGGGAGAUCAAGCUCAGCCGUCCCAAGCCGACGGUGCGGGUCGUGUCGCAGGACUACGGGGCGGGCGGCGACGACAACCGGGUGUCAUCGACGGUCGCGGAGCUGCGCCGCAUGAACAGCCAGGUAAGCACGUACAGCACCGCGGCGAGCAGGCUCAGCUCGUCGUCUUCGAUAGUGGCUGUCAGGCCUGAGAGCGUGAUCCCGCCACGGAAUGGGUCGGCCGCGAGGAACUACCAUGCGCUGGCGAGACCGGUGAAGAGCAGCCCGGACCGUCAGGUUAGGAGGAAGGGGGAGGAAGGUAUGGGCCUCAGGAUGCCUCUGGUUGAAAUUGGCGAGGCUACCAGUCUGACGCCAACAAAGAAAAGACGGAGGCAGAGGGACGAGAGUGUCGAGAAGAAUGGGAGUGGGAGUGAUGAUGGGGUGAGUCUGUAUGAUAAGGAUGGGUUUUAUGUUACGCCGGCACGGAAGAGAGGGUUGAGGUCUUGA